AUGCUGAAAAGGAAACAGAGUUCUAGGGUAGAAGCCCAGCCUGUAACAGAUUUUGGUCCUGAUGAAUCCUUAUCAGACAACGCAGAUAUCCUGUGGAUUAACAAACCAUGGGUGCAUUCUUUGCUGCGCAUCUGUGCCAUUAUCAGUGUCAUUUCGGUGUGCAUGAAUACCCCAAAGACCUUUGAGCAUUAUCCUCCCCUACAGUAUGUGACAUUUGCUCUUGAUACGUUGCUGAUGUUUCUCUACACGGCAGAGAUGAUAGCAAAAAUGCACAUCCGUGGCAUAGUCAAGGGGGAUAGCUCCUAUGUGAAGGACCGCUGGUGUGUAUUUGAUGGAUUCAUGGUAUUUUGUCUGUGGGUGUCCUUAGUUUUACAGGUUUUUGAAAUCGCUGAGAUAGUGGAUCAAAUGUCUCCUUGGGGCAUGUUAAGGAUCCCACGGCCGCUUAUUAUGAUUCGAGCAUUCCGAAUUUAUUUCCGCUUUGAAUUACCAAGAACCAGGAUAACCAACAUUUUAAAGCGUUCAGGUGAACAAAUUUGGAGUGUUUCCAUUUUCCUUCUGUUCUUUCUGCUUCUGUAUGGAAUUUUAGGGGUUCAGAUGUUUGGACCUUUCACAUAUCAUUGCGUAACAAAUGAUACCAAACCAGGAAACAUAACCUGGAAUAAUUUGGCAAUCCCAGACACACAUUGUUCAAAAGCAUCAGAAGAAGGUUACCAGUGUCCACCAGGAUUUGAGUGUUUGGACCUUGAAGAAUUGGGAUUAAGCAGGCAGGAGCUGGGCUACAGCGGUUUUAAUGAGAUAGGAACAAGCAUAUUUACUGUUUAUGAAGCUGCAUCUCAAGAAGGUUGGGUCUUUCUGAUGUACCGAGCAAUUGACAGUUUUCCCCGAUGGCGCUCUUAUUUCUAUUUCAUCACCUUAAUUUUCUUCCUUGCCUGGCUUGUUAAGAAUGUAUUUAUUGCUGUCAUUAUUGAAACAUUUGCUGAAAUCCGUGUGCAGUUUCAACAGAUGUGGGGAUCCAGAAGCAGUACAACUUCAACCGCAACUACUCAGAUGUUUCAUGAAGAUGCCACAGGAGGAUGGCAGCUGGUAGAUGUUGAUGUGAAUAAGCCUCAAGGCAGAGCACCGGCAUGUCUGCAGAGAAUGAUGCGGUCCUCAAUUUUCCAUAUGUUUAUCCUGAGCAUGGUAGCUGUGGAUGUCAUUGUUGCUGCUAGCAACUAUUACAAGGGAGAAACUUUCAAAAGCCAAUAUGAUGAGUUCUACCUCGCAGAGGUGGCCUUUACAGUCCUCUUUGAUCUGGAAGCUCUUCUAAAGAUCUGGUGCCUGGGAUUUACUGGAUACAUCAGCUCAUCUCUUCAUAAAUUUGAACUGCUGCUGGUUAUGGGAACUACUCUUCACAUUUAUCCAGUCCUCUACCAUUCACAGUUUACGUACUUUCAGGUACUUAGAGUUGUUCGACUUAUCAAGAUUUCUCCUGCCCUGGAAGAUUUUGUAUACAAGAUUUUUGGACCUGGAAAAAAGCUUGGCAGUUUAGUUGUAUUUACUGCCAGUCUAUUAAUUGUAAUGUCAGCCAUUAGUUUGCAAAUGUUCUGUUUCGUAGAAGAACUAGACAGAUUUACCACAUUUCCAAGGGCUUUCAUGUCAAUGUUUCAAAUUCUGACACAGGAAGGAUGGGUGGAUGUCAUGGAUCAGACUCUCAAUGCUGUGGGCCACAUGUGGGCACCAGUUGUUGCUAUUUAUUUCAUUUUAUAUCAUCUUUUUGCUACCCUGAUUCUGCUGAGCUUGUUUGUUGCUGUUAUUCUAGACAACCUGGAACUUGAUGAAGAUCUAAAGAAACUUAAACAACUGAAACAAAGUGAAGCAAAUGCAGAUACGAAGGAAAAGCUCCCAUUACGGCUACGGAUAUUUGAAAAAUUCCCUAACAGACCUCAAAUGGUAAAAAUCUCCAAGCUCCCUUCAGAUUUCACAGUUCCCAAAAUAAGGGAAAGCUUUAUGAAGCAGUUUAUUGAUCGACAGCAGCAAGAUACAACUUGUUUAUUGAGAAGGCUUCCAUCAGCUUCUUCUUCCUCCUGCGAUCACUCUAAAAGGCUGGCAAUUGAAGACAAAUACAUUGACCAGAAGCUUCGCAAAUCUGUUUUCAGCAUUAGGGCAAGAAAUCUUCUGGAGAAGGAGUCUGCAAUCAAUAAAAUUCUUAGAGCCUGCACCCGUCAGCGUAUGCUUAGUGGAUCUUUUGAAGGACAGCCUGCAAAAGAACGAUCUAUUCUUAGUGUUCAGCAUCAUAUACGCCAAGAACGCAGGUCACUAAGGCACGGUUCCAACAGUCAACGAAUCAGCAGAGGAAAGUCUCUUGAAACAUUAACUCAAGAUCAUUCUAAUACAGUGAGGUACAGAAAUGCACAAAGGGAAGACAGUGAAAUAAAAAUGAUCCAAGAAAAGAAAGAACAAGCAGAAAUGAAAAGAAAAGUUCAGGAAGAAGAGUUGCGGGAGAAUCACCCCUAUUUUGACAAGCCUCUUUUCAUAGUCGGUCGGGAACACAGAUUUAGGAAUUUCUGCCGAGUUGUAGUUAGAGCUCGCUUUAAUGCCUCUAAAACAGAUCCUGUUACUGGAGCAGUUAAAAAUACAAAGUAUCAUCAACUUUAUGAUUUGCUGGGAUUGGUUACUUAUCUAGACUGGGUAAUGAUCAUUGUCACCAUAUGUUCCUGUAUUUCAAUGAUGUUUGAAUCCCCUUUUCGAAGAGUAAUGCAUGCACCUACUUUACAGAUUGCAGAAUAUGUUUUUGUAAUAUUUAUGAGUAUUGAACUUAACUUGAAGAUUAUGGCUGAUGGAUUGUUUUUUACACCAACGGCAGUCAUCAGAGAUUUUGGAGGUGUCAUGGAUAUUUUUAUAUACCUUGUAAGCCUGAUAUUUCUCUGCUGGAUGCCCCAAAAUGUUCCUGCUAAAUCAGGAGCUCAGCUGCUAAUGGUUCUACGGUGUCUUCGGCCCCUUCGGAUUUUUAAACUGGUGCCUCAGAUGAGAAAAGUUGUUCGGGAACUAUUUAGCGGCUUCAAAGAAAUCUUUCUAGUUUCAAUCCUUUUAUUGACAUUAAUGCUUGUUUUUGCAAGCUUUGGAGUUCAACUUUUUGCUGGGAAAUUGGCUAAGUGCAAUGAUCCUCAUAUAAUUGCAAGAGAAGAUUGUCAUGGUAUAUUCCGAAUAAAUGUAAGUGUUUCCAAAAAUCUGAAUUUGAAGCUAAGACCUGGUGAAAAAAAGCCUGGAUUUUGGGUGCCUCGAGUCUGGGCUAAUCCUCGAAACUUUAACUUUGAUAAUGUUGGUAAUGCAAUGCUGGCAUUAUUUGAAGUCCUGUCAUUAAAGGGGUGGGUAGAAGUCAGAGAUGUUAUCAUUCAUCGUGUGGGCCCUAUUCAUGGCAUCUACAUUCAUGUUUUUGUAUUCCUGGGCUGCAUGAUUGGACUCACCCUUUUUGUUGGAGUUGUCAUUGCUAAUUUCAAUGAAAAUAAGGGAACAGCUCUACUAACAGUUGACCAGAGGCGAUGGGAAGAUCUGAAGAGCAGAUUAAAGAUAGCACAGCCUCUUCACCUCCCACCACGCCCAGAUAAUGAUGGAUUCCGAGCUAAAAUGUAUGACAUAACCCAACACCCAUUUUUCAAGAGAACCAUUGCAGUUCUUGUACUGGCCCAAUCUGUGCUAUUAUCUGUUAAGUGGGAUGAUCAAGAUCCAGUAACUGGUCCAUUAGCUGCAAUGUCAGUAGUCUUCACCUUCAUAUUUGUUCUAGAGGUUACAAUGAAAAUUAUUGCCAUGUCACCUGCUGGAUUUUGGCAGAGCAGAAGAAAUCGUUAUGAUCUCUUGGUGACAUCAUUAGGGGUCAUAUGGGUGAUUCUCCACUUUGCCAUAACUAAUGCCUAUACAUAUAUGAUGGGAGCGUGUGUAAUUGUGUUCAGGUUUUUUUCAAUCUGUGGAAAGCAUGUGACUUUGAAGAUGCUGCUGCUGACAGUAGUUGUCAGCAUGUACAAAAGCUUUUUCAUCAUUGUAGGAAUGUUCCUACUGUUGCUUUGCUAUGCUUUUGCUGGAGUAGUUUUGUUUGGAACUGUGAAAUACGGAGAGAACAUUAACAGACAUGCCAACUUUUCAUCAGCUGGUAAAGCCAUCACGGUACUUUUCAGAAUAGUCACUGGAGAAGACUGGAACAAGAUAAUGCAUGAUUGCAUGGUUCAACCUCCUUUUUGUACUCCAGAUAACAGAACAUACUGGAAGACAGAUUGUGGGAAUUAUGCCGGUGCUCUUAUGUAUUUCUGUUCAUUUUAUGUCAUCAUUGCAUACAUAAUGUUGAAUUUGCUUGUGGCUAUAAUUGUGGAAAACUUCUCUUUGUUUUAUUCUACUGAGGAAGACCAGCUCUUAAGUUAUAAUGAUCUUAGGCAUUUUCAGAUUAUAUGGAAUAUGGUUGAUGACAAAAGGGAGGGAGUAAUUCCUACUUUCCGAGUCAAGUUUUUGUUGAGACUGUUGCGUGGAAGACUGGAGGUAGAUUUGGAUAAGGACAAACUUCUGUUCAAGCACAUGUGCUAUGAAAUGGAGAGGUUGCAUAACGGUGGAGAUGUAACGUUCCAUGAUGUAUUGAGCAUGCUCUCAUAUAGAUCGGUUGACAUCAGAAAAAGUCUUCAGCUGGAAGAGCUCCUUGCAAGGGAACAACUCGAGUACACCAUAGAGGAAGAGGUUGCCAAGCAGACGAUACGCAUGUGGUUGAAAAAAUGCUUGAAGCGCAUUAGAGCAAAACAACAGCAGUCAUGCAGUAUCAUUCACAGCCUCCGAGAGAGUCAACAGCAGGAAUUAAGCCGUUUCCUAAAUCCACCAAGCAUUGAAACAACACAGCCAAGUGAAGAUAUGAAUGCUAACAACCAGGAUAACAAUGCACAGCCUGAGGCAAGUAGUGAACAGCAACUGUUAAGCCCCACACUUUCUGACAGAGGUGGAUAUCGACAAGAUUCUGGUGAUUCUGGUAGACCUCAGCGAAAACUUGGACAAUGGCGUUUGCCAUCUGCCCCAAAACCAAUAAGCCAUUCAGUGUCUUCAGUCAACAUAAGAAUUGGGGGUCGGACAACUAUGAAAUCCGUUGUGUGCAAAAUGAAUCCUAUGUCAGAUGUGGCUUCAUGUGGAUCAGAAGUUAAGAAGUGGUGGACAAGGCAACUUACUGUAGAGAGUGACGAGAGUGGAGAAGACCUGCUUGAGAUCUGACUGAGAAACAAUUCCUGUCAAAGAUACACUUAUGCAAAACAACUGUGAAGGAAUAGCAUCUCUGGAUGUUGCUGUUUUUUAAUAAGUGGUUCUAAUUGAUUGUUUAUAUCAAGAUAAGCUUUGGAACUCACUGUCCUUUAACUUGGCAAGAUUUACUACUUAACGUUUAUUUUGAACAUCCAUGAUUAUUAAUGAGCAACAUAAAUGUUCAGGAAAAAAUAGGGGAGUUUUGGCCUUGUUCCUAUAAAUCAUGAGAAACGCUUCAGGCUCUCAAGGCAGGGCUUCCUACUUGCCAGCAGACUUUCAG